GCGCACGGUACAACCAGGAAAUACAAGCAAAGCUGUAAGAAAACAAAACAUAUACAAAUAGAUUAAUACAUCCUUCUUAAUUGAAAUGGAUAGUCAAAACAUAAAGACAACGAAUAAUGAUUCCCGUUGUGUAUUUUUUAACGAACAUUCAGAAGACUAUCGAUGCGUGGUGAUACUAACAGUAAAGCGAGCCACAGGAACCUUCUCCUUAGUAGGAUGCCUUUUUAUGCUGUUUGUGAUCUGGCUGCUUCGCAGGUAUCAUUCUUUGGCUCAGAAAAUGAUUCUCAGCCUCACUGUAGCUGCUUUCUUUGACAGCGUAGCAUAUGUCAUGGGUGAGUCCCAUCCAGAGGGAUCUCUGUGUGACUUCCAGGCCUGGUGGCUAACAUACUUUGACUGGAGUGCCUUGGCCUGGGUUUGCCUCAUCACUCUGAACCUGUACCUCAACCUGGUUAGAGAAAUAAGCACGAAUAGAUAUGAGAUGUUGUAUCAUGUGACUGCAUGGGGGGUGCCUCUGGUCAUGGCCUCUUUACCGCUGCUCAAGGGCUACUACGGACCAGCAGGAUUCUGGUGCUGGAUCACAGACGAUCACGUAGCCUGGAGAUUUGGGAUAUGGUAUGUGCCUCUCUUCAGCCUUAUCUUUCUGAUGAUCUGCUGCUAUGCCAGGAUCAUCUGUGUGGCCAAUAAGAGGAUGCAGUCAUGGUUGGGAACAUUCAACCCAGAACGGGAAAGGCGAAAGGUUUCUUUAGCAGAGGAGAUCAAGCCGUUGAAGUGGUAUCCUUCAGUUUACCUGCUGGUGUCUAUCUUCCCGCUGAUCAACAGCCAACCUUUCUUGAAAUGGGCACAAAAACACCUCGUCCUCUCACUCCAGGACUUUCCCGUUUUUCUCGUCGCUGUGUCUCUUCUCCCUCUGACUUCUCCUUCAAUUACUCCAUUCUCACCUCUGAAGCUCUCCUGCAGGCUUCACAAUGCCUUCUACCCCCUGAAUCCAUCGUUUUCUCUCACCCUGUUGCACGUCAUGUCUGCGCCACUCCACGGCUUGGCCAACGCUUUUGUGUUUGGCCUGGACAGGGACUGGUGGAGCCUACUGAGCCCCACAGGCAUGCAGCUGGCUCUGCAGUCGCGGCUGUGUGACAGGACUCGAAUCGGAGAGUACCACCCCGGGGCGGUGCGCUACACACAGGCUGACCUGGCCGACCUCAGCGAUGACGACGACGAUGACACCAACGUGCUCUUCUACUCUCCUGACAUGACCCUGAAAGACCGAGGGCCCUGAGAGAGAGGGGAAGGGAGGGAGAGAGCCGGAGAAGGGGAGACAGAGAGAAAAGAGCUGGAGGGAAGCACAAAGGAGGGUCACAUCCAGAAAGAAACGCAGCGGAUUAGAAACUGAGCGGCAGGAAAAAGAGGUAGGGAGGGAAUGGAAGCCAAGAUUGGGGGGACAGUCAGGCAGAUAGAAGCCGGAGAUGAGCUGUCAGGUUCCAUUAUUAAUCCCCAUCCUUUACUAUUUAAUAUCCUAAAGACACACACACACUGAACGGACCUGCAGCUCUCUGCAAUAGUACCAUCAGAAAAUAGCAGGAUAGGAGAAGCUCUGAGAUCAUCCUAAUGUUAAAGGCAUCUGCUGCAUCCCAAGGGUCUUAAAACGAUUUCCGACUAUGCACCACCUCCUCGACUUCCUGCGUUCUGCGUUUCUGCACCCCCCCCCUCCCAAAAAAAAAAAAAAAAAAAGAACAAAAAUAAAAAAUGACGCACUGCUGAAAGGGAAUCGUAACAAGGUGAUAGUUAAGCAUUCGGAGCAAUUACCUUUUCACUUCUCUGCAGGAGAUGAGGUGAAAAGCAAGGCUCUUAAAAGGCACCCUGUGUGUCGUGGUGAAAGAAUCUACAUCUGCCUAUCCCAACACUGAGACUGAUCCCGCUGCUGAACAAUUUCCAUGCAGUCAGGGGGAAGAGGAAAUUCAGAAAAUGGUUUUAAAAACAAUGAAGAUGACUUCCCUGGGCAAAUAUUUCCCAAAGCAUCAGUAAUGCUAACAAGGAGUCUCCCUUCCUCAGUCAGUAUUUGUUUUCUGUAAUCUCUUUGCAUAUGGUGUUACUUUUUUGGUGAUUUUUGCACAAGUAUUCUUUGGAAAGUUUUUGUAUUUUUUAUGAAUCGCUACAGUUGUUUGUUAUAUCGUAUUUAUAGCAGAUCGAUGUACUGCAUAUAUUUAAGUGUACACUCUAUUUUUGUACGUGCCUUGGACUGGAAUGUGAUGAAAAUGCUUUCCUUGGUCCAAACCUGCUGCUCUCUGAGACAGAUUCAACACGUAGCCUUACGAACACCU